UCAACUCACUUAUCAGAAAUUUCAUACUUGGUCUGGACUGUUUCUAUUUUGUAAUAAGCUCAAAGAACGAUGAACUACAAAAUUAAAUUCGUUUGUAAUUAUUGUCGAUGUUUAAAACUAUAUAAAUUACGUCUACAUGGAUUAUAUUUAUGGAUUUCGUAAAAUAUUUUAUAAUUAUUUUUAUUUAUAUUCGAACUUCGAACGCGGAAAUGAUGGGAUUUUGUGAAUAUAAAAGCGAUUCAUUACUGGCAUGUACAAGAGUAAGCAUCGACUAUGCAGUAAAAACAGCAACUAGUAACAUAACAUACAUCCAGAUACAAUCAACUCCUCAAAAAGUAUUAUCUAUACCAUUUAAAGAAUAUAUACCUGCUAUAGAGACAGUGGACAUAUCAGGAGAAUUAGAAAUAAUAAGAAACAAUACCUUUUCCGGUUUAUCAAGUUUAAGGGUAGUGUUAUUGGUAAAGAAUCGAUUAUCUCAUCUAGAAGAAGGUACAUUCUGUAACUUGGAUAAUUUAAAAAUAAUAAGAUUAGUUAAUAACAAGUUUACUACUUUAUCCGAUUUAAUACCAGCUAUUAAAUGCCUAGAUUUGAAUAAGUUGCAUUUAUCUGAAAAUGCUUUGUUGCAAAGUAUUACUUCUAAUGAAGUUGAGCAAAUACAGGAUAUUCGGGUCAAUGAACUUGAUCUUACAAACUGUGCCAUACGACGAAUCGAUGAUAACGCUCUGACUGGUUUAAACAAUGUGAGGAAAUUGCUUCUUACUGGUAACCCAUUAGAUUAUGAGGGAUUAAGAAACGUAUCUUAUGGACUAUCUAAGACGUCAGUACGUUCACUAAUUGCACGUAGAUUAAGUAAUAAUACUUUCAUAAAGUCUGAUGUACUAAUGCCACUUUCUAAUGGUGCUCUAGAAGUUUUGGAUAUUGGUGAGAACCGUCUGGUUGUCUUUCCGUAUUUGUUAGAUUUUAAAACGCUUCGAGAGCUUGUCCUUUUUCGUUGCGAGUUAAUUGAACUAAAUGGCUACGAAAUAUUUGGCAUAUCAAAUUUACAAACACUAGACUUAAGCGAUAAUAAAUUGAGACGGAUUAUUUUUAAUGAAUCUGAUUAUGGGUACAGGAUACAUAAUCUAGAUUUAAGUUAUAAUGGUCUUAAAUUUAAAUGGGAUUUUACAUUACCUAACGCAAUUUUUACAAUCUUGCCAGAUUUAGAAAGGUUAGACUUAACUAAUACUCUAUUACCACCUACAUUAACUGAUCUCAUUUUUACAGGCAACAAUAGUCUUAAAAUAGCCAAGUUAGCAGGCUGCUCAAUAAAAAAUAUACAGAAUUAUGCAUUCAAGGAUUUAAAUUACCUUACUGAUUUAACUCUAAAUUAUAAUAAAAUAAACAAUUUAAGAUCUGAGAUGUUUUAUGGAUUAUCGAAUUUAGUUGUUUUAUAUUUGGGGUAUAAUUUAAUUGAUAAUUUUAACUCUUCUGACAUAUUCAUUCAUCUUGUCAGUUUGGAGAUUUUAGACCUCUCAUGGAAUAAUAUUGUUCAAUUAGAACCUGUAUUUAAACCUCUAAAAUCUCUAGAAGUUCUUAUCUUGGAUAACAAUAGAAUUAUACAUUGGAACGAUAGCAUUUUAACUAAUAACACCAAUAUCACCUACUUUCGCGUAAGUGGAAAUGAUAUCGUGUAUAUUACUCCUGCUAUGCUGCAAGAUUUUAGUACAGUAAAGAAUCUGGACUUCUCUAAAAAUAAGUUCGACUGUAUGGAUUGCAACAUUACCAUUCUACAAAAUUGGCAAAGGAGCACAAGUGUCAUUCUCGAAAGUAAGUUAGAAGAUUACACGUGCAUCACCCCAUCAGGACAGAAGGAAAGAAUAUUCGAAUUCGAAAAUAGCCAUUGUUAUCCUAAAGAAAAAGGAAUAAAUAUAUUAUUGAUAUCCGGAAUGAGUAGUUGCGUGCUUUUAAUUAUCUUCGUAAUUUUAAUCUCAGUAAAAUUUAAGUGGCACAUACGUUAUUACAGAUGUAUCUUGAUGUCUAGAGUAAAGAGGUAUCGUGAAUCCAAUGAUAGUAACUCAUAUAUGUACGAUGCGUUUGUUUCUUACGAUUCAUUAAAUAGUGAAUGGAUAAUUAAUCAGUUAUUACCGACUUUGGAAACGGAGAAAACACAAAUAAAAUUUUGUUUGCACGAUCGAGAUUGCUUGGCUGGUAACGAUGUUACGGAAGAAGUGUUCGAGUACGUGCAGAAGUGUAGAAAAAUUAUAUUAAUAAUUUCCGAUUCUUAUAUCAAAAAUCGUUGGUGCAUGUUUGAAUUACAAAUGGCCCAACACAGAUUAUUUGAAGAGAGGAGAGAUUCUCUGAUAUUGAUCUUUCUAGGAUCAAUACAGGAAUUACAACUUCCUAGCAAUCUUAAGUACUUAAUGAGUACUAGAACUUAUAUCCCGUGGACAGACCACCCAAUGGGGCAAAAGUUAUUUUGGAAAAGACUUAUAAAAGCAUUGAAUAAACCAGACACGUUAAAGCUCAAUCGGAUUGUAUAGGAGUUAGUAAUGAUGUAACGAGACUAAACAAAUGUUAGUAUUGUAAUUAAUUUGUAAAUAAAUUUAUACAUUGUCUUUUUAUUUAAAAAAGUGUGCAAUUUAUGUUUAAACCGUAGCGCAUUAAGUAAAGAAUCGAUACGUCUGUCUGUAGUGCUGAGUUCGAGACCCGAUGGCCUUGACAUUGAUGCAUUAAUGCAACAUUUUCUCUCUUAGCAUCUCUUAAAGCGCAUCCUCGUUGACUUUUGUACAGUCAGUGAAAAAGUUACCGAAGGGAAUACAGUAUUAAAAAUAGUUGCUGUUUACGGGUUGCCAUUGUUGAGAGGUUGCUGUUAAUGGACGUUCGAUUGU